UUUAACCUCGUUGGAUCGUGUUAAGUUUAGAUUAGAGAACCUCUAGGAGGUUCUCUAGUUUAGAUUAACAAUCAAUUGCACUCAUUCAUAACAACGAAUCUGGACUUUACAAAAAUUGUCCAACCAUUCAGCAACAAAACCGUGAAAGUAGAAAAAUUACGUUCAAUUUUUCACCUACUAUCAACAUAGAGAAGAACGCCUAAUCUAACUUAUAAUUCUAACCCUUUAAUAGAUUUGUCCUCGAAUAAUUACAAAUAGUCACAUUAUUGGUCUAUGCAAAUAUAUCCGGUACUAGAGUAUGAAACCGGCUUUUUGCAGACACAUCUCAUUGAGCGAGAUUUUUGAAAUGCGUUUCUACAGUAAAUGAUGUAUACAGAUGCGAGGUUACUGGCUCAAAAUGCGUUUACCAAGAAGAUUUGGAAUAUUAUCUCUUUUGUUACUAUGGCGGUUAACUUCUGUGAUCGUGGUGCAAACUGCUCAUGUGCCAGAUGAAUAUUGGCAAUCGCUUGAGGUAGCUCAUUAUCUAGCAUUUAAUUAUGGAUAUCUUACAUGGGAAUGGACAAUGAUGAUACGUAGUUAUAUUUACCCAUUUCUCAUAUCAAUUCUGUAUCGUAUACUCGCCAUCUUUUCUUUAGACUUUACAUUACUAUUAACAAUGUUGCCUCGUGUUUUUCAAGCCAUUCUAGCCACUUAUGGAGAUUACAGAUUUUAUAAAUGGACCAAGUCCAAAUGGACGUUGUUUGUUCUAUGCUCUAAUUGGUAUUGGUACUAUUGUGCUUCAAGAACAUUAAUAAAUUCGGUAGAAACUGUCUGUACCACAAUAGCAUUAUCAAUAUUCCCAUGGAAAGAUAACCAUGCACAAAGUACAAAGUUUUUAUGGAUUGUAGGUUUUCUCUGUAUGAUAAGACCUACUGCUGCGAUUAUAUGGUUUCCAUUAUGCAUAUAUCAUAUUUGUUCAAGUAGGGAAAAGAAAAUAGCAUUGUGUAGUCACUAUGCAAUAAUAUGUUUUUGUUGUUUUUUAAUCUCCAUAUUAAUAGAUAGUUACUGUUAUGGAAAAUUUGUAAUAACCCCUUGGAAGUUCUUCCAAGUGAAUGUGCUUAAAAGUGUUGGAGAUAUAUAUGGCAAAGAACAUACAUUAUGGUAUAUCUUUAUCGGUUUACCCGUGAUACUCGGAUUGUAUUAUAUUCCGUUUUUGAUUGCUGUUUGGCGAAUACUUGAGCAUUCCGUUUACUUCCAUCGAGAAUCAGUUAUGCUCAUAGUAAUUGGUUGGACGUUAUUUGUUUACUCUUUGUUGCCUCACAAGGAAUUUCGAUUCAUUUUACCGCUUUUACCGAUGUUGAUAUAUGUAAGUUCCGCUUGUAUUUAUCGUUUAAACGUUAGAAUUACGGCAUUUGCUCGUAAAAGUAUUUUAGCAUUGUUAAUAUGCAGCAAUGUCGUACCCGGAUUUUAUUUUUCCUUCAUUCAUCAACGUGGAACGUUAAAUUUAAUUGAGCUUUUACAGCAUGAAAUUCGUGCUAAUCCUUUGUCAACCAAUAUGCUAAUUCUAACUCCAUGCCAUGCUAUGCCAUUGUAUAGUCAUUUGCAUGCAAAUGCAUCAGUAAAAUUUCUAACUUGUGAACCUAAUUUUAAUAAUUCUAAUGAUUACUUGGAUGAAGCUGAUCAAUUUUUUGCAAAUCCAACAUUUUGGCUCAAUAAUAAUUAUGUUAAUAAUAAAAAUGCUAUAUCACCGACUCAUAUAGUAAUAUUUGAUAAUGUUGUGGAUAAAAUAACUGACUUCUUAAGUAGAUAUAAAAUAAUCGCUAAAGUAUUUCAUACACACUUUCCACAAUCAAAUUAUGGAGAAUAUGUGUUAUUGUAUAAACAUGUAACUUAUUAAAAAGAUUGGU